AUGAAGGUGAAUUUUCUGAGUAGUUUGAGGAAAAUUCCAUAUUGAACCAUUCAAAAUUAAGCAAAAGAAAUAUUCAAAAAAUUUUCGAAACUUUAAACGUAAAAAAUAAAAGAAAAACUAUAAAAAAUAAUUCGAAAUAUUAUAAAUAGUUGCUAAUUUUAUUUUUCAGGCCUGGAACGAGUUCAUCGCCAAGGACGAGCAGGAGCAACUGGAAAUCCUCGAAAAUGCGGUUUCUAACGCUAACUCCGAAGAAAAAGGCUGGUGCGUCGUUGGUGGAAAGCCGACGCCUUCGAAAAAUACUCCGGAUGCUAGAAAACGUGAAAAAAGGAUUAAAGAAUUAUGAAUAAUUCAUUUAUUGCAGACCAUCCGGCCUACUCGGGCAAGGCCUGCUUCGAACGUCUUGACAAGAAAUCGAAGCAGAUUUUGCUGUCUCGAAAAGUUAAUUGGGUGGGUUUAUUAGAGAUAAUGGGAUUGAUGAGAGAAUGUUGUGUUAAUGAUUUUUUUUUUGCUCCAAAUGUUAUAGUUCAGCUAUUUUACUCGAUUUUGAACUUCUCAGGAUCGAGUUUUCUUGAUUUUUUAAUCAAAAUGUGUUUUAUGUUUAUUUUAGGCUAGUCUCAAUUUUUUUUUUCUGUUAGGCUAAAGUUGCUGGGUUUUGGGCGCUGCCAGUUUUGUUAAACUUUAGGCGCUGCCAAUUUCGUUAAAUUUUAGGCGCUGCCAAAUUUGUUAAACUUUAGGCGCUGCCAAUUUUGUUAAAUUUUAGGCGCUGCCAAUUUUGUUAAACUUUAGGCGCUGCCAAAUUUGUUAAACUUUAGGCGCUGCCAAUUUUGUUAAAUUUUAGGCGCUGCCAAAUUUUGUUAAACUUUAGGCGCUGCCAAUUUCGUUAAAUUUUAGGCGCUGCCAAAUUUGUUAAACUUUAGGCGCUGCCAAUUUUGUUAAAUUUUCAGGCGCUGCCAAUUUUGUUAAACUUUAGGCGCUGCCAAAUUUUGUUAAACUUUAGGCGCUGCCAAUUUUUGUUAAAUUUUAGGCGCUGCCAAUUUUUGUUAAACUUCUAGGCGCUGCCAAUUUUGUUAAAUUUUAAGGCGCUGCCAAUUUCGUUAAAUUUUAGGCGCUGCCAAAUUUGUUAAACUUUUAGGCGCUGCCAAAUUUUGUUAAACUUUAGGCGCUGCCAAUUUUUGUUAAACUUUUAGGCGCUGCCAAAUUUGUUAAACUUUUAGGCGCUGCCAAUUUUCGUUAAAUUUUAGGCGCUGCCAAAUUUGUUAAACUUUAGGCGCUGCCAAUUUUGUUAAAUUUUAGGCGCUGCCAAUUUUGUUAAACUUUUAGGCGCUGCCAAAUUUUGUUAAACUUUAGGCGCUGCCAAUUUUGUUAAAUUUUAGGCGCUGCCAAUUUUGUUAAACUUUAGGCGCUGCCAAUUUUGUUAAAUUUAAGGCGCUGCCAAUUUCGUUAAAUUUUAGGCGCUGCCAAAUUUGUUAAACUUUAGGCGCUGCCAAUUUUGUUAAACUUUAGGCGCUGCCAAUUUUGUUAAAUUUUAGGCGCUGCCAAUUUUGUUAAACUUUAGGCGCUGCCAAUUUUGUUAAAUUUUAGGCGCUGCCAAUUUUCGUUAAAUUUUAGGCGCUGCCAAAUUUUGUUAAACUUUAGGCGCUGCCAAUUUUGUUAAACUUUAGGCGCUGCCAAUUUUGUUAAAUUUUAGGCGCUGCCAAUUUUGUUAAACUUUAGGCGCUGCCAAUUUUGUUAAAUUUUAGGCGCUGCCAAUUUCGUUAAAUUUUAGGCGCUGCCAAAUUUGUUAAACUUUAGGCGCUGCCAAAUUUGUUAAACUUUAGGCGCUGCCAAUUUUGUUAAAUUUUAGGCGCUGCCAAUUUCGUUAAAUUUUAGGCGCUGCCAAUUUUGUUAAAUUUUAGGCGCUGCCAAUUUUGUUAAAUUUUAGGCGCUGCCAAUUUUCGUUAAAUUUUAGGCGCUGCCAAUUUUGUUAAACUUUAGGCGCUGCCAAAUUUUGUUAAACUUUAGGCGCUGCCAAUUUUGUUAAAUUUUAGGCGCUGCCAAUUUCGUUAAAUUUUAGGCGCUGCCAAUUUUGUUAAACUUUAGGCGCUGCCAAAUUUUGUUAAACUUUAGGCGCUGCCAAUUUUGUUAAAUUUUAGGCGCUGCCAAUUUUGUUAAACUUUUAGGCGCUGCCAAUUUUGUUAAACUUUUAGGCGCUGCCAAUUUUGUUAAAUUUUAGGCGCUGCCAAAUUUUGUUAAACUUUAGGCGCUGCCAAUUUUGUUAAAUUUUAGGCGCUGCCAAUUUUCGUUAAAUUUUAGGCGCUGCCAAAUUUUGUUAAACUUUUAGGCGCUGCCAAAUUUUGUUAAACUUUAGGCGCUGCCAAUUUUGUUAAAUUUUAGGCGCUGCCAAUUUUGUUAAAUUUUAGGCGCUGCCAAUUUUGUUAAAUUUUAGGCGCUGCCAAUUUUGUUAAAUUUUAGGCGCUGCCAAUUUCGUUAAAUUUUAGGCGCUGCCAAAUUUGUUAAACUUUAGGCGCUGCCAAAUUUGUUAAACUUUAGGCGCUGCCAAUUUUGUUAAAUUUUAGGCGCUGCCAAAUUUGUUAAACUUUAGGCGCUGCCAAUUUUGUUAAAUUUUAGGCGCUGCCAAUUUUGUUAAAUUUUAGGCGCUGCCAAUUUCGUUAAAUUUUAGGCGCUGCCAAUUUUAUUAAACUUUAGGCGCUGCCAAAUUUGUUAAACUUUAGGCACUGCCAAUUUUGUUAAAUUUUAGGCGCUGCCAAUUUCGUUAAAUUUUAGGCGCUGCCAAUUUUGUUAAACUUUAGGCGCUGCCAAAUUUUUUAAACUUUAGGCGCUGCCAAUUUUGUUAAAUUUUAGGCGCUGCCAAUUUCUUGAAAUUUUAGGCGCUGCCAAUUUUUUCGAAUAUUAGGCGCUGCCACUUUUGUUGAAUAUUAGGCUCUGCAACUUUUGUUGAAUAUUAGGCGCUGCCAAUUUUUUCGAUUAUUAGGCGCUGCCAAUUUUUUUGAAUAUUAGGCGCUGCCAAUUUUUUCGAAUAUUGGGCGCUGCCACUUUUGUUGAAUAUUAGGCGCUGCCAAUUUUUUUGAAUAUUAGGCGCUGCCAAUUCUUUCGAAUAUUAGGCGCUGCCAAUUUUUUUUGAAUAUUGGGCGCUGCCAAUUUCGUUAAAUUUUAGGCGCUGCCAAUUUCGUUAAAUUUCAGGCGCUGCCAAAUUUGUUAAACUUUAGGCGCUGCCAAUUUUGUUAAACUUUAGGCGCUGCCAAAUUUGUUAAACUUUAGGCGCUGCCAAUUUUGUUAAAUUUUAGGCGCUGCCAAUUUUUUCGAUUAUUAGGCGCUGCCAAUUUUUUUGAAUAUUAGGCGCUGCCAAUUUUUUCGAAUAUUGGGCGCUGCCACUUUUGUUGAAUAUUAGGCGCUGCCAAUUUUUUUGAAUAUUAGGCGCUGCCAAUUCUUUCGAAUAUUAGGCGCUGCCAAUUUUUUCGAAUAUUGGGCGCUGCCACUUUUGUUGAAUAUUAGGCGCUGCCAAUUCUUUCGAAUAUUAGGCGCUGCCAAAUUUGUUAAACUUUAGGCGCUGCCAAAUUUGUUAAACUUUAGGCGCUGCCAAUUUUGUUAAAUUUUAGGCGCUGCCAAUUUCUUGAAAUUUUAGGCGCUGCCAAUUUUUUCGAAUAUUAGGCGCUGCCACUUUUGUUGAAUAUUAGGCUCUGCAACUUUUGUUGAAUAUUAGGCGCUGCCAAUUUUUUCGAUUAUUAGGCGCUGCCAAUUUUUUUGAAUAUUAGGCGCUGCCAAUUUUUUCGAAUAUUGGGCGCUGCCACUUUUGUUGAAUAUUAGGCGCUGCCAAUUUUUUUGAAUAUUAGGCGCUGCCAAUUCUUUCGAAUAUUAGGCGCUGCCAAUUUUUUUUGAAUAUUGGGCGCUGCCAAUUUCGUUAAAUUUUAGGCGCUGCCAAUUUCGUUAAAUUUCAGGCGCUGCCAAAUUUGUUAAACUUUAGGCGCUGCCAAAUUUGUUAAACUUUAGGCGCUGCCAAUUUUGUUAAACUUUAGGCGCUGCCAAAUUUGUUAAACUUUAGGCGCUGCCAAUUUUGUUAAAUUUUAGGCGCUGCCAAUUUCUUGAAAUUUUAGGCGCUGCCAAUUUUUUCGAAUAUUAGGCGCUGCCACUUUUGUUGAAUAUUAGGCGCUGCCAAUUCUUUCGAAUAUUAGGCGCUGCCAAAUUUGUUAAACUUUAGGCGCUGCCAAAUUUGUUAAACUUUAGGCGCUGCCAAUUUUGUUAAAUUUUAGGCGCUGCCAAUUUCUUGAAAUUUUAGGCGCUGCCAAUUUUUUCGAAUAUUAGGCGCUGCCAAUUUUUUUGAAUAUUAGGCGCUGCCAAUUCUUUCGAAUAUUAGGCGCUGCCAAUUUUUUUUGAAUAUUGGGCGCUGCCAAAUUUGUUAAAUGUUAGGCGCUGCCGAUUUCGUUAUAUUCCCAUUGAUUUUCCGCAAAAAAAAGGACCCCUUAAAGUUCAAUAUUUUUUCAGGCCCUCGUCGAUCAUCUGGAACGGGAACUUCGGUCUUUGUUCUGUUCUCCUGGAAGUCCUGGCGACGAAGAAAUUGUCUACGUUGGACACUAUCCGGCGGCUUCUGAUCGAGCUCUGGCUCAUACGGUGGCCCAGUAUCUGUGGCUCACGUCUCAGAGUUAGUUCUAAAUGGGAAGAAUUUUGGAAAAGAAGCAAUUUGAACGAAAAUAUAUUAUACACCCAGUUUUACGGACGAGGUCGCAGCGAGAGAAACGCUAUAUCGCGGGGGAGCCGCGAGCUAUAUCGCUCGCCUCUCGGCGCAAGGUCGCUCACAUCUCGCUGCUAUGUCGCUCUUUCAAAAAAAUUUUUUUAGCUCGAUUGGGCUUUUUCUUGAUUUGCUUUCUAUGCUUCAUACUUUUUAUUGUGUUGUACAUGAUAACAUAUCGGUCUUUAUCAACCUUCUUUUACUUUUUUUAUUUAAUUUAAACAAUAUAUAUUAAAAUGAAAAACUUGAGAGCAUUAAAGAAAUUUUUCCAAAUAGUUGAUGAUACAUUUUUCGAAUUCGAAGUAAACGGAAAGUAUGUACAAAUCUGAAGAAGAUUGAAUUGAGGCGAAAGAGUGAAGCUUCAAGUAAGAAUAGAAAAGGACAAUAUGACGAAAAAAACAUGUGUAUCGUUUAUUUUUUUGAUAGGAAAAAAAUGUGACUAGGAAAAAGAGUAGGUUCAAUAAAAAAACAGAAAAAGUAAACCGAUUGUAAGCUCGUAGAUGAUCUUUAAAAGUUCAAAUUAGAAAAUGAAUGAGGGAGGCUCGAAAUGAAAAAUGAAAGAAGUUUUUGAAAAAAAGAAAAAUUAAGUUAAACAAUCAGAUUGACACUAAGUUCCCUUAAAAAUGUUACUGUAAGCUUUGACUCGAUAGUUUUCGGCAUAUCCUUCAUUUGCUGCGUCAAGAACUUUUUCUAAAUGAUAAAAAUCGGUUAAAAAAAGAGAAAUACUGAAAAAAAGUCCAACCUUGAAUAAGAGAAUAACUCACAGGAGCGACUGUAUCAAGACAGCAGUACGUGCUUUCUCGAAAUCAUGCCUCAUUUCUUUUUUUCCUUACCCAUCGACGCCAAAGUGCAAAUCAUAUCUUCAAGUAAAAAUGGAUAUACUGUUUCAAAAAUAGUUUACCAAAAAUCUUAUUGAUUGUAUCCAAAAGCAAAGUUUCGGUGCCAUCUCCCACGGAUCUUUCUUGACUUUUAUUGAUCGAAAAAAAGGGUUAGAUGCCUUUUUGAAGUACUAAUAACCUGAAAUUCUUGGUUGAAACAUUAAAAAAAAACGCGGAAAAAGGACUUUCAAAUUCAAGAAAGGUGUGCAGUUCCGUCAAAAUAUAUACAAAAAAGCUUUUUCUUUAUCACAACUUUCUUUAAUGGGAUUUCACCCUUUUGAAACUUUCUGGAAAUAUGAUGACUGUUGAUUGUAACACCGUGGUGAAAACUUAGAAACACAGCUGAAAAAGUUUCAGAAAGAUUGAGCUCUAUACGAGGAAGAUGUGAGCGAAAAAACAUUUUUCCUUUUCUGACGGUACUGUAUGAGCGUUACAUUAGUUGUAAAAUUAACAUUUUAGAAAUAUUAAGUGAAAAAAAUAGACAUAAAAAAAAUCAGAGAGAAUCUAACAGACGCAAAAAUAAAAACAAUUCAAGUAAAAUUUUUGAUGGCACGUAAAUAGUGACCAAUCGAUAAUCCGCGACCUCGCGCCGAUAUCGCGCCGGGAGUUUGCUAGAGCUGAGCGAGAUGGCAGCGAGAUAUGUCGCUGCUAUGUCGCGCCACUCUCGCUGCGAUAUAGUCCACGAAACUGGGUGUAAAUGAAGAAUUUUAGAAAAAAACUAGUCAAAAAAAUGAAGUGAAAAACAAAUUUAUUUAAUAUUUCACUUUCUAGUAUCUGUGGCAUUUAGGGUUGUCAUUUCAUUUGUGGCAACGCAAAAAAAGCUCAAAAAAAUCUGACCAAAACAGAAUUUUUUUCGGCUUCAAACUUUUUCAAAAUCGUUAAUAGAAAUUGAGAAGUUUUUUUCAGGAGAGCUCAAAUUAAAAAUAAAUUGAGAAGAAGAAUUUUUCACAGUUUUUAGAAAAUUUCGAUUUGAUGAAAACCAGGGCGCUGCCAAUUUUUUUAGAAAAAAACAAACCUUUUUUUAAUUUUUUUCGAUAUGCUUUGAUAGAAACAAAGGUUAUAAUUUUAGGCGUUGUCCGUUUCUGGGAAAAUGAGCUUCUUUAAAAUUUAAAUUUUUUUCUUGGAAGGAAAUAUAAUUUUUUUCAAUAUAAUAUUCCAAAAAAACUAAUUUUUUUCAGGUGUGACCAUACCUGGAACCUUGGACCGUCUGACAGAAUUUCGUAACAGCCGCUCUUUCUUCAUACCUCCUCGUAUCUGCCUAAUUCCUUACGUGGAAUCGGUUCUGAACAAACGGAUCGAUUUUGUACCGUUCUCGGCUCGCGGCGAUGACCUACUGGAGGAUUUCGGGCGACUCUCGAUGUCUUCUGGACAGGAUUCUCCAAAACUGGACCUCACGAUGUCGUCGGACACCGCUUCUGAUGAGGAAACUCACUUGGAUUGA